AUGUGCCGUUUUCUGGUCUACAAAGGGAGUGACGAGAUUCUUCUAUCAAAGCUGAUUCUUGAUCCUACUCAUUCUAUUCUUAAACAAUCAUUUGAUUCUCGGUUGCGUCUCGAUACGAGACGAGGUCAGAACAACGCAGAUGGCUUUGGCAUAGGCUUCUACACAGACCCUAAGCUUGGGUCAGCGCCUUGCCUUUUCACCUCGACCAUUCCCGCCUGGAAUUGCACCAAUCUGCAGCGAAUCGCUUCAAAGACCGCCUCCCGCCUAAUCUUUGGCCAUGUUCGUGCCACGACCGAAGGUUCCCUGAGCGAAGACAACUGCCACCCUUUCACACACGGUAGUCUAAUGUGGAUGCACAAUGGCGGUCUGGGUGGAUGGAAAUACAUCAAGCGUCGCCUGGGCGAGCGUCUUGCUGACAAGUGGUAUUUGGGCGUCAAAGGCGGAACGGAUAGCGAGUGGGCAUUUGCCCUCUUCCUCGAUACUCUUGAGCGACUUGGCCACGACCCAAGCGCUUGCCCCGAAACUGGCUUUGGUCCGACUAUUCUUCGAGAGGCUAUGAAGCGCACGAUCGCGCAAAUCAACGAGAUGACCGAUGCGAUCCCCGAAAGCAUACUGCAGAAUGAGGAUGUCGAUACUAGAAGCUUGCUAAACUUUGCUGUCACCGAUGGUCAUAGCGUGAUCUGCACUCGAUACAUCAGCAGUUCCAAGGAUGAGGCGGCGAGCUUGUACUAUUCUUCCGGAACCCAAUGGACAACACGAACACAAUCUGCAAGUGACAAGCAAUAUCAGAUGGAACGCAAGGAUCGGGGCGCUGACAUUGUACUUGUUGCAAGCGAGCCCCUGACGUUUGAGAGAGAGAAUUGGGUCAACGUACCAACAAAUUCCAUCUUGACAAUCCACAGACAGACCGUUAUGGUGCAUCCGAUAAUCGACAAGUACUACGAGCGUGAUCCUCACCACGUUCGCUCUAGUGCAUUUGUCCAGGCCAAGGGACUUACAUCAAACGAGAAGAACCGAAGUGACGUUGCUAGUCCUGCGGGAGUUGAUCGGCAGCAACAGGAGCUUGAGGGCUACCGCAAGAUGAUGACAGGCACUCUCAACUUUGGCCCACCCAGGAGCCUCAGUCCCGAUGUGUGCCGUCAAACCAGAAAGGUAGCCCCGGUGUGUGAGUCGAUACCCGUGCCUCAACCACAAGCACCGCCUCCGCCCGCACAGGCAACCCCUCCAAGUGAACAAGGCAACAAACCAGCCCCAGCGCAGGGAAACAUCAAAGUUAAGAGACGAUCUGUCCAGCUGCUGGAUGGCAACCAAGGCCAAAGUUCAAACGAUUACGAUCAAAUCUCGGAUACCGAAGAGCCAGCGAGGGCAGAUGUGCAUAACCCUAGGAAGCUUUCGCGGUAUUUCCCUGAACUGACGCUCGCAUCGCAUGCGGGGUCUUAG